CUUCCUGCGCUCUCCGGAUCCGGAAAUCGAUGAGAAACAUGGCUUCCCACAGGACAGCCAGGGCGAAACCCUCCACAUCAAAUGCUGGAGAUAUUUCCAAAAUCGACCUUCUGCUUCAUCCAGAACUUCUUUCUCUCGAGUUUAUUCAUCUUAUGUUACGGGAGAGGAAGAUAGCAGUGGGUGACGAAGAGGACUGCGAGCGGCUCACAGAUCUGUACCUGCGGCAUGUCCUCCCUCUCCCGCAGAGGGAUGUGCCUCUGUUUGGUCUCAGUUCUAGCAGAGAUAGUGGCAGGAAGAGGCCGUUGAUUGUGUUUGACGGCAGCUCUACGAACACUGGCAGUGUUAAGAUGAAGAAACCUGAUCCUUCACCAGCUCCUGUCACCAAAGACCGACUAAAGCCUCCAGUUUCCAGCAUCAGUCUCGCAAACCCCAUAUGUAAGCUCUCCGGGAUCUCUACAAACUCUUCCUCAAAUUCCUCUAACAAGACCCCAGUGUCAUCACCAGGGGCCGGUCCCAAGAGCCCCUGUAAUCACUCCAAAACUGCCAACUCCUCAGCGCAUUCAAACAACACCACGUCGAAACUAAAGCGCACGUCCCCCAGCGAUGGAGAACCCAACACUACUGACAUUAAGUCACCUGAUACAAAGAAAAAGAUUCAACAUAUCACAUGGCCAUAAUCUGAGAAGUCAUCUAGGAUGGACGGUAAACGCCACUGACGUCGUCCGCUGGGUCUCUGAGGCAAAGAGAGACAUGUAUUUGAAAGACGGGUUCUUGUCACUCAUCUUUACUCACCAGCCUCUGGAAAAAUGACUUGUGAAAUGUGAGCCUCUGGUUAAUUCCACACUAGGCAACGCAUCGGCUUUUGGCUUGAUGUGUGAUGAAGGAACGGAGACAUUCCUAGCAGUUGUAUGUUAGACUGAUCAGUGUUUCCCUUUUUUAGCAAUAUGUUUAUAGAAAUAUCUUUUUUUGCUAUGAAAAAACUUUCCGGUGUGAGUGAAUCAUGUUGGCGAAAAAAGCCCUCUAAGAGGAAAUGGAUGGAAAAUGU